AUGUGGGGCUAAAAUAAGAAAGAAAGAAAAUAAGCAUUCAGAUCUGAAACGAAAAGAAUCCAUUCUCCUUGUCUGGUGCGUUUGUGGUAGUCAGGUGAAACUGGAGGAUCCAGAUUGUUUUUAAUCUCGACCAGCACGUUAAUUUUCAGGAUCUCUUCUGAAAGAUUUGUUAACUGGGUACCACGCGGAUUCCUGAAUUUUGUUGAAUUUCUUUGUCUUGAAUUGAGCUUCAGAGAGAAUUUAUUGUUGUCUUUAAGAGAUUGUUUCGAAGGUCUGCUAGAUGGGUAGAGCUAAAUUUCUGAAAUUUGCCGAGUUUCAUAUGUUGCUGUAAUUUAGAAGACUUUUUAUGUGUAGAAGAACUGAAAAUAUUUGUUAACAGAAGCCCUCAAAGAUGUUCCAUCUGGGAAGACCUCAAUUCCUGAUUUUUGCAUAAUCUCAGUGAAGUGUUUGUAGGAAUUUGCUCUAUAGAUUUGUCUUUGUAAGGCCUUCAUGUAUUUAUUUAAUUGGCUGCACUUGACUUCUCUAAAGUUUUUUUAGUUAGUUUGAGAAUUUGGGGGUGAGGGUUUGCGGAAGUGGAAGAUAGUUGUAGAAGAAGAAACAUGGGUGACAGAUUUUGGGUGAAUGAAGAAGACAGGGUCAUGGUGGAGUCAGUAUUGGGUACAGAAGCAUGUGAGUUCUUGGUCUCAUCAGCUUCUGAAAAUGUGUUAUCAGAUUUAGUUACACCGCGCAGUGAAUUGGGUGUGCAGCGGGGCUUGUGCCAACUUGUUGAAGGGUCCUGUUGGAAUUAUGCUAUUUUCUGGAGGGUUGUGAGCUUGAAAUCUGGUGGGUCUGCCUUAAUUUGGGGUGAUGGGCACUGCCGAGAUCCAAAAGGUGCAGGAGCUGGAGACAGGAAUAGUAGAGGGGAUGGCAGUUUGGAGGGGGUUGAGAAGAAGGAGGAGGUGAAGAAGCAGGUGCUCCAAAAGCUUCAGGCGUGUUUUGGUGGGUUGGAUGAGGAUAAUUUUGCAGCAAGGUUAGAUGGUGUGUUGGAUGUUGAGAUGCUUUACCUCUCUUCAAUGUAUUUUACUUUUCGGUGUGAUUUGCCGUGUCGCCUUGGGGAGUCAUAUAUGUCUGGUAAAUCAAUUUGGGCUUCAGAUAUGUCUAGUUCUUUAAAUAAUUAUCAACAGAGGUCAUUUCUAGCGAGAUUAGCUGGAUUCCAAACUGUGGUGUUUGUACCAGUGAAAUCUGGAGUUGUGGAGUUUGGGUCAAUCAAAUCAAUUCCAGAAGAGCAGACUAUCUUGGAUAUGGUUAAAACUGUAUUCGGAGAAUCUAAUUAUGUACAGUCAAAGGUGUUUCCGAAGAUUUUUGGACAUGAACUUAGUCUGGCUGGUACAAAAUCCCGAUCAGUCAAUAUUAAUUUUUCCCCCAAGUUGGAAGAUGAUACAGGUUUUGCUUCGGACACUUUUGAAGUACAAGCAAUAGGUACCAAUCAUGUUUAUGGAAAUUCUUCUAAUGGAUGUCAAAGCGAUGAUAAUGAAGCAAAACUGUUUCCACAGUUGAACCAAAUGGUUGUUGGGGGUUUUAGUGCUCAAACAAGAGUUUCUAGUUUGGAGCUGUCUAAGGAUGACUCAUCACCUCAGCCUGAUGAGCGGAAACCCAGAAAGAGAGGGAGAAAGCCUGCCAAUGGGAGAGAAGAACCCUUGAACCAUGUGGAAGCUGAGAGGCAGAGGCGUGAGAAGCUUAACCAGAGGUUCUAUGCGUUAAGAGCUGUUGUUCCCAAUAUAUCUAAGAUGGACAAGGCCUCUCUGCUUGGUGAUGCCAUCACCUAUAUCACUGAUCUCCAGAUGAAGAUCAGGGUUUUGGAAACUGAAAAGGAACUAGAAAAAAAUAAGCACAAGCAGUUACCUGCAUCAGAGAUUGAUUUUCAGGAAAGGCCAGAGGAUUCAGUUGUGAGGAUGAGCUGCCCACUAGAUGCUCACCCGGUUUCUGGAGUCAUCAAAAUGUUUAGGGAACAUCAAAUUGUAGCUCAAGAGUCUAGCGUUUCAACAGAAAAUGACAAGGUUGUUCAUACGUUUUCCAUUCAGACUCAAGGUGGUGCUGCAGAGCAGUUGAAGGAGAAGCUAGUGGGCGCCCUUUCAAAGUGAAUCGACUUAAGUUUGAGUUUAGGUGACCCAAUGCAUCUCUUUGAAGAAACAAAUGGAAUUUGUUGUUCUUGACUGACUCGUCAGAUUGUCCUCUGCCAUUAAUGAUCUGUAAUCUAACUUCAGAUGGCUGAAUGAUGUUGCUUUGUUAAAUUCAUGGAGUUAUUCAUGUUCUGAAAUUUGUUUUUGAUUGCAUAAAGACCACGAGUCAAGUAGGUUGGGGAUUCGGGCUAAGCGAACUAUUAGAUGGCAAAUGUUUGGUUUUUUUUUUUUUUUUUUGUGUACUAUUAGAUAGCAAAUGUUAACCUAGUGUAAAACUGAGCUAAAAGAUAGCACUGUACUCAUAUAUGAUAAGUUCUCUUGUACACUAUUUUUAUUUUUA